AUGGUUCCGGACUUUGAGGACAACGUUCUUGACGCUGAGGACAAGAUCCCUGACGUUGAGGGCAAGGUUCUUUACCUCGAGGACAAGGUUCCUGACGCAGAGGACAAGAUUUCUGACGUUGAGGACAAGGUUCUUGACGUCGAGGACAAGGUUCCUGACGCUGAGGACAAGGUUACUGACGUUGAGGACAAGGUUCCCGACGCUGAGGACAAGGUUCUUGACGCUGAGGACAAGGCACCUGACGCUGAGGACAAGGUACCCGACGCUGAGGACAAGGUUCCUGAUGCUGAGGACAAGGUUGUUGACGUUGAGGACAAGGCGCCUGACGCUGAGGACAAGGUUCCUGACGAUGACGACAAGGUUCCUGACGUCGAGGUCAAGGUUCCUGACGUUGAGGACAAAGUUCCUGACGCUGAGGACAAGGUUUUUGACGCUGAGAAGAAGGUUCCUGACGCUGAGGACAAGGUUCCUGACGCCGAUGACAAAGUUCGUGACGCUGAGAACAAGGUUCUUGACCCUGAGGACAAGGUUCCUGAUGCUGAGAAGGUUCCUGACGCUGAGGACAAGGCUCCUGACGUUGAGGACAAGGUUUCUGACGCUGAGUACAAGGUUCCAGACGCUGAGGACAUGGUUCCUGACUUUGAGGACAACGUUCUUGACGCUGAGGACAAGAUCCCUGACGUUGAGCACAAGGUUCCUGACGUCGAGGACAAGGUUCCUGACGCUGAGGACAAGGUUGCUGACGUUGAGGACAAGGUUCUUGACGCUCAGGACAAGAUUCCUAACGUUGCGGACAAGGUUCCUGACGUCGAGGACAAGGAUCCUGACGCUGAGGACAAGGUUGCUGACGUUGAGGACAAGGUUCCUGACGCUGAGGACAAGGUUCUUGACGCUGAGGACAAGGUACCUGACGCUGACGACAAGGUUCCCGAUGCUGAGGACAAGGUUGUUGACGCUGAUAAAAAGGUUCCUGACGUUGAUGACAAGGUUCCUGACGCUGAGGACAAGGUUCCUGACGAUGAGGACAAGGUUCAUGACGUCGAGGUCAAGGUUCCUGACGUUCAGGACAAGGUUCCUGACGCUGAGGACAAGGUUUUUGACGCUGAGAAGAAGGUUCCUGACGCUGAGGACAAGGUUCCUGACGCCGAUGACAAGGUUCGUGACGCUGAGGACAAGGUUCUUGACCCGGUGGCCGGACAUUUUGCCGAAAGACACUUUGCCGAAAGACAUUUUGCCGAAAGACAUUUUGCCGAACGGACAUUUUGCCGACGGACCUUUUGGCGGACGUUUUGCCGAACGGACAUUUUGCCGAAUGUACAUUUUGCCGAACGGACAGUUUGGCGAACGGACAUUUUGCCGAAAAUAGAGAUAUCUUCUGAACUUUAAAGGUUCGCUUACACGGCCAAAGUCUCUGUGAUUAAAGUCAUUAAUUGUCGAUUUUGAUGACAGAAACUUUGAUAAUGAAGUAUAGUUUCGUUUUAUAUUCUUUCAAGUUUUUGACAAGUUUACCGAAAAUUCUCUAUAUAAAGAAUAACAUCAUUCAACAUCAUUCAUGAAUGUGAUUUCCUCGAGAACUGUGAAUGUAUUCCAUGAUUCUCGAAGUGAAAUUCGCUUACGUCGUCUUUAUAUAGUUUACGCUUGUUUGUUUACGAUCUAACGUCAAAACACGUUCCUAACAAAUGAGUCAUCCGCUGCACAAACAAGCUACCAAUAGUCAAUAUGGUUAUGCACUGCUAACAACCAUUACGCACUGUUAAUGACCAUUAUCACUGCUAAUGACCAUUGCGACCGAUCCUAUGCAAAAACCGUGUUAAGCCUUGAUGCCCUAAACCCUGACCAGGUGAAUCCCCGAUCGGAUAGGUCAAUCAGCGAGUCAAAUCUAAAGCAUUCUUCGUCCCCUCAUCUUCCAGCCCCGAGACCCUCAAGUCUUAGACACGGUCAAGGUACAAACCCCUUAGAGUUUCGAAGGCACCAUUGUAGCCGGUAUCCUUUUUUAAAACGUUGUCGUGUCAUUCCUUCGUAUCGGACAGCCCACCGCCACCACUCUCUAGAGUGGUUGGCCCAUCUCCACACAGUGGCCUGUUUGACGAGUCAGCAGCAGACAAUAUGAUGAAAAUACUUGUUAGAAUCACUUCACGUCAGAGACCAUCACGUCAGAGACUGUCAUAUCAACUAACCAUUAAUAAUUCUUCUAGUGUUAACAAUAACUUGCAAAAUAGAAAUCUUGUUCGUGUUCCUUUGUCCAACCCUGCCUCUCCAAACGCUUCCGCACUCUCGUGGUCACUCACGUCGAAAACCACUAAUGAUACGGCCUCAGCCCAUUUAACAAAAAAGUCAGAUAACAGCCUCAGUACCCUUCCAGGUCUCAAACUGGUCCACCUAAACAUCCGCCCUCUGAAAAAUAACGCCCAUUUUUUAGAAUUACGUAAGUUUACCAAAUUUAACAAAAUUGACGUCCUUACAGUAUCAGAGACAUGGUUAAAUACCUCCGUCACGAACAAGGAAAUAGAAAUCGAAGGUUAUAAGCUACAUCGUUUAGACCGACUGCACAAGAAAGGGGGCGGGGUAUGUGCUUACAUACGAAAAGAUAUUAAAUCUCUUGUACUUAAAGACCUCAGUUAUAUCUCCGAGACGAAUUUCCAUCAAUUAUGGAUCAAAUUACAGCACAAAAAAUCUAAAUCACUGUUGGUCUGUGUCUCUUAUCGACCCCCAGACAGCCCGCUUGACUGCUUCGAAAAAUAUUUUAAACCUAAUUAUGUUCAUGCUCUGACGAUGGGAAAGUUGAUCAUUCUUCUUGGAGACCUAAACUGCGAUAUGCUUAAGUCCACACCUGGAUCAGCGUCUUUGAUCAAGACGACAAAAGAACUCAACCUUAACCAGUUAAUAAAAUCACCAACAAGAAUUACUGAAUCCAGUCAGACCCUCGUCGACGUUAUUUUAGUAUCCUCGCCAAGACUUGUAGUCAACAGCGGCGUCAAAGAAACCUGUAUCAGCGAUCAUUUCCCUGUGUAUGUAUCACUAAAACUUAAAACCGACAAAUCUCCACCAAACUAUAUCACUACCCGCAGCUACAAUAAAUACGACCCUGAUUUGUUCGCGAUCGAUCUGGCAUCCAACCGUGAUCGUCUUGUUUCCAUUUUCAGAAUGGACAAUGUUGAUGAAAAACUAACCAUUUUUAAUGAAAUAUUUUUAAAUACAUUGGAUAAACACGCCCCAGUAAAGACCAUAAAAGUACGCGGAAAAUCUUGCCCAUUUAUCACCCCGGAAAUAAAAGCAUCCAUGAUCAAAAGAGACCAGCUCCACAGUCUUUUCAGGAAAACACGUGAUCAUUAUGAUUGGCUUAAUUUCAGAGAGGCCCGCAAUUUUACAAACACCGCACUUGUUAAUGCACAGAAAGAAUAUGUACUGAAGGAAGUUCAGCAACACAGAAACAAUACUGGGUCACUUUGGAAGGUAAUUAAAGAAAAUAUAGCGUAUAGGGAAAGAGAGUCGGUGGUCUACAGUAAGGAACCGAAAUUAGUGGCCGAAGAGUUUAAUAAUUUCUUUUCCACCAUUGGUGUGAAUGCAGCAAAGAAAGCCUCAACACUAAUACAAGAUCCUAGUGUUUAUCCAGCUCGGAAUCUUUCUGAC